ACAUUCAGGAAUAUAUCGUAGUAGUUCAAAGUAAUUCAGCUGGUUAGCGAGCAAAUCAAAUGGACUCAACAAUAGACCCACGGUGUUCACAUGCACGCGCCAUCACAACAGGCGCGGCGAAAGCCAACCAUGCAGUCCUCAACAACCUCAUCACUCUCUACUCCAAAUCCAAUCUCCCUUCACACGCCGUCCGUGUUUUCCAGUCAAUCCCAUCACCCAAUGUCGUUUCAUUUACAGCGCUUCUCACAUCCGCAUUCUCCAACUCCCCGCUCUCCGCCUUUCGUCAUUUUAUUUCCAUGAUCCGCCGUCAAAUCCUCCCCAAUGGCCAUACUUUAACCUCCCUUCUCAAAACUUGCGCCUCUCUUCCUGCUCUCACCUUCGGGCUACAACUCCAUUCCCUUGCUAUCAAAUUGGGUUUCUCUUCAGAGCCGUUUACGGCUUCAGCUCUUGUGUCGUAGUACUUUAAAACUGGGUUGUCAGUUAAUGCGAAAAGGGUGUUCGAUGAAAUGUCUGUCAGAUGAGGUUUGUUUCUCGUCCGUUAUUGUUGGGCUUGCUCGGAACUCUAAGCCUAUGGAUGCUUUGUCGUGUUUUGUUGAAAUGAGGAGAAGUGGUGUGGCAUCUACUAUGGCAGUGCAUUGAUUGAUGGGUAUGGGAAAUGUGGGCUUUUGGGGAACGCUCGUGGAGUGUUUGAUGAGCUAGAAAUGGAACUCAAUAUUGUCGGGUGGAACGCAGUGAUGGCAGGGCAUGCUCAACAAGGUGAACAUGGCAAUGUCAUAGAACUUUUCACUUUGAUGGAAGAACGAGGAAUGGUGCCGGAUGAGUACAGUUUCUUAGCUAUCUUAACAGCAUUUUACAAUGCAGGUUUAGUUGAAGAGACUGAGAUAUGGUUCAGGAGGAUGACGGAAGAGUAUAGCUUGGAGCCAUGUCUUGAGCACUAUACGUGUUUGGUAGGUGCAUUGGGGAAAGCAAGGCGUCUGGAGGAGGCAGAGCGGAUUGCUUUAUCAAUGCCUUUUAAGCCGGAUGCAGCUUUAUGGCGAGUAUUAUUGUCUAAAUGUGCCUAUCACGUGAAUAUGGAUAUUGCGUGGAGGAUGAGUGAUAGGUUGUUGCACAUUAACCCAAUGGAUGAUUCGGCUUAUGUGAUUUUGGCAAAUGCAUAUGCGAGUGCAGGGAGGUGGGAUGAGGUGAGGGAGGUGUGGAAGAGAAUGAAGGAUAAGAAAGUGAGGAAGGAAGGUGGGAAGAGUUGGAUUGAAACACAGGGAGAGGUUCAUGUGUUUUUAGCGGGUGAUAGGAGACACGAGAGGGCUGAUGAGAUUUAUGCUAAGUUAGCAGACUUAAUGGAAGAGAUUGAGAAAUUGGGUUAUGUGCCCGUAUGGGCUGAAAUGUUGCAUGAAGUAGAAGAGAAGGAAAAGAAGAAAGCACUUUGGUAUCACAGUGAGAAGUUGGCAUUGGCAUUUGGGCUGUUGAAUGGGACAGCACCACCUGGGAAAGCUUUGCGGAUUGUGAAGAAUUUGAGAAUUUGCAGGGAUUGUCACGAGGCAUUUAAGUAUAUUAGUAGACUUAUUGAGAGAGAGAUUAUAGUGCGGGAUGUUAACAGAUACCACAGGUUCUUGAAUGGAAGCUGCAAUUGUGGAGAUCAAUGGUAAGUUAUUGAGAAGAAAUGCAACAGCCAGAAUGCACUUAGUACUCUCAAUUCAAGGGCGGCUUUAGGGUAAGGCAAGUGAAGCCCUUGCCUUAGGCCCCCAAAUAAUUAAGGCCCCAAAAAUAAAA